AUGCCCACAACUCCUUUAGAGACUAGAGCGUCUAUUGAAUUAUUCUCCAUUGGCAGAGCUAAUUCUUCUGCACCGUUGUCCCCAUGGCGAAAGGAUUCUGUAGGAAUGGGGGUUUCACAUCAUAUCAUCGCAAGUGCAGAUUUCUCACGGAGGAAACCAAGAAAAGGGCAGAUUCCAAGGCCAAAAGGUGCUGUUCCAAAGGGUUUUGUGCCAAAAUCACGAGUUGACACGAGCACCCAAAAGAGAGAAAAAAGUGACAGUGGAGAUGAAGAUGGUUCGAGGACUGUCGUAUCUGGCGGGAGGGCUGGACCCAGUAAAAAACCAGCAGAAAUGAAAGCUGGCUCUGAUGAAGAUAUUGAAAUUGAAAAUGAAUCUGACAGAACUGUAUCAACAAGCCAACUGUUAGAUGCAGUAAGAAGUGAUGAAACAGAGGAAAAUGAAAGAAUGGCUGUAACAGACGAUGAUGUAGCUGAGACAUCAACUCCAAAAAUACUUGCUGAGAGUGAAGAGGGUGAGGGAGAUGGUACACCAUUUAGAAGCAAGCAUUUGGAUGUGGUUGGGAGUGACAUUGUAAAUGAAGCUGAUGGAACGCUGUCAACAAGAAAGACUUUGGGUGUACUUACGAGCGACAGUGAGGAAAGUGGAACUAUUGCUGAAAUUGAUGAGUACAAAACUAAAACAGAAUUGACAAAACCAGAAUUGCUCAAUCACAGUGAAACUUCAUUGGAUCAUGACCCGGAGAUGGAAGAGUGUUCAAUUAAAAAGGUGGAGCUCGAUGCUGAUAUGUACAGGCAGAUGCUUGAGAACCUAGCUCAGGAGAACUUUUCAAAAGGGAAUAAAAUGUUUGUUUAUCCUCAGGUAGUGAAGCCUGAUCAAGAUAUAGAAUUGGUCCUAAAUCGGAGUCUCUCCACUUUGAAAGAAGAGCCAGAUGUUUUGAUCAUGGGAGCCUUUAAUGAUUGGAGAUGGAAACAUUUCAAGGUAAAAUUGAAUAAAACUCAUCUUAAUGGAGAUUGGUGGUCUUGCCAGCUUUAUGUUCCUAAGGAGGCGUACAAGAUUGAUUUUGUGUUCUUCAAUGGGGGGGAUGUUUAUGAUAAUAAUGAUAAAAAAGAUUUCUUUAUAAAUGUCGAAGGUGGAAUGGAUGUGUUGUCUUUUGAGGAUGUCUUGCUUGAAGAGAAAAGGAGGGAACUUGAAAGACUUGCUACAGAGCAAGCUGAAAGAGAAAGACAAGCAGAAGAGGACCAACGUAAAGAAGCAGAAAGGGCUGCAAGAGAAGCUGAUAAAGCACAGGCUAGGAUGGAGGUUGAAAAGAGACAGGAAGCUAUACAUCUGGUAAUGAAGAAGGCUGUAAAGGCUACUGAUAACGUUUGGCGUAUAGAGCCUAAUGAAUUUAAAGGUGGGGACUCGGUCAGAUUAUAUUAUAACAGGUGCUCGGGUCCUCUUGCUCAUGCUAACGAACUUUGGAUCCAUGGGGGGCACAAUAAUUGGAAUGAAGGAGUGUCUAUCACCGGAAGACUUUUCCAGUCAGGGAAAAAGGACGCUGACUGGUGGUAUGUUGAUGUUGUUGUACCUGAUCGAGCACUCAUCUUGGAUUGGGUUUUUGCUGAUGGACCUCCCAAGAAUGCCCACAUAUAUGAUAAUAACUACUUUCAAGAUUUCCAUGCUAUUGUUCGAAUGUGCAUGCCUGAAGAACUGUAUUGGGUUGAAGAAGAGGACCGGAUAUAUAACAAAAUUCAGGAGGAGAGAAGAUUAAAAGAAGAGGCAAUACGUGCUAAGGCUGAAAGAACAGCUCGCAUGAAAUCUGAAACAAAGGCAAGAACCAUGAAAAUGUUUUUAUUGUCUCAAAAGCAUAUAGUCUACACUGAGCCAGUUGAUGUCCAAGCAGGAAGUGCUGUGACAGUUUUUUAUAAUCCUUCAAACACAGUUCUGAAUGGAAAACCUGAAGUUUGGUUCAGAGGCUCAUUCAAUCAUUGGACCCACCGUAAUGGUCCAUUACCACCUCAAAAAAUGUUGCCUACUGAUAAUAGUUUGCAUGUCAAAGCCACUGUUAAGGUUCCAUUGGAUGCAUAUAAGAUGGACUUUGUUUUCUCUGAGAAGGAAGAUGGUGGCAUUUAUGACAACAAAAAUGGGAUGGACUACCAUAUACCUGUCUUUGGAGGAAUCACAAAGGAGCCACCAAUGCAUAUUGUUCAUGUGUCUGUUGAAAUGGCACCUAUUGCUAAGGUGGGAGGCCUUGGAGAUGUUGUCACAAGCCUUUCUCGUGCUGUUCAAGAUUUAGGCCAUAAUGUUGACAUAAUUCUUCCUAAGUAUGACUGCUUGAACCUUAGCAAUGUAAAGGAGUUUCAAUUUAGUCGGAGCUAUCAUUGGGGUGGGACUGAAAUAAAAGUUUGGUUUGGGAAAGUAGAAGGCCUUUCAGUGUACUUUUUGGAGCCUCAAAAUGGACUGUUUGGGACAGGUUGCAUAUAUGGUUGCAGGAACGAUGCCGAAAGGUUCAGUUUUUUUUGCCAUGCAGCUCUUGAGUUUCUUCACCAAAGUGGAUGGAAUCCUGAUAUUUUACAUUGCCAUGAUUGGUCUAGCGCACCUGUUGCAUGGUUAUUUAAGGACUAUUAUAUGCAUUACAGUCUCAGUAAAGCUCGUGUUGUCUUCACUAUUCAUAACCUCGAGUUUGGAGCUCACUUAAUUGGGAAAGCAAUGGAGUACUCAGAUAUGGCUACAACUGUAUCCCACACUUAUUCAAAAGAGGUUUCAGGAAAUUCAGUGAUUGCUCCUCAUCUCCACAAAUUCCAUGGUAUUUUAAAUGGAAUUGAUCCAGAUAUCUGGGAUCCGUACAAUGAUAAGUUUAUUCCUGUAUCUUACACUUCAGAAAAUGUGGUGGAAGGUAAAAAGGCUGCAAAGGAAACCUUACAGCAAAGACUCGGUUUGAAGAGAGCAGACCUUCCUUUAGUAGGAAUCAUCACUCGCUUAACUGUUCAGAAAGGAAUUCAUCUUAUCAAGCAUGCAAUUUGGCGCACACUUGAGCGCAAUGGACAGGUUGUACUUCUAGGUUCAGCUCCAGACCCUCGCAUACAAAAUGAUUUUGUCAACUUGGCAAAUCAAUUGCACUCUACACAUGGCGAUCGUGCACGUCUUUGUUUGACCUAUGAUGAACCUCUUUCACACUUGAUAUAUGCAGGUGCUGAUUUCAUUGUAGUCCCCUCAAUUUUUGAGCCUUGUGGAUUGACACAACUUACAGCAAUGCGAUAUGGUUCAAUACCCGUCGUUCGUAAAACGGGAGGGCUCUAUGAUACCGUUUUUGAUGUUGACCAUGAUAAGGAGAGAGCUCAAGCACAGGGUCUUGAACCAAAUGGAUUUAGUUUUGAUGGAGCUGACAUUGCUGGUGUAGAUUAUGCUCUCAAUAGAGCUAUCUCUAGCUGGUACGAUGGUCGAGAUUGGUUUAACUCAUUAUGCAAGACAGCGAUGGAACAAGACUGGUCCUGGAACCGACCUGCACUAGACUACUUGGAAUUCUACCACGCAGCUCGCAAGUGAGGCGGGUCAAACUUGUGCAUGGAGUAAGAGAGAACUAAUUUGUACAGGCCAAAAAGUAUGUUGUCAUAUAUUUUGAUUCAUCAUCUAGUACAGAUGGAUGCAAGUAAUUGCAGUCCUAAAAUGCACACCUUUGGUGUUAGAUUUUCAUCCAUUCUUACUGGUGGUUUAGAA